CCGCUGUCCGCGUCGCCGUCGCCGCGUCCCCGCGUCCCCACGUCCCCGCGUCCCCGCGCCUCGCGUCCCCGCGCAGUCGCUCUCGGCCUCCGGUGCUGCGCAUCCAGUUUCUUAGCAGGAAGGAAAAAGACACCUGGCCAUGGCCUCCCCGUCGUCCUUCCCCUCAGAAGAGGAGGACAGUCUGAAGGGGUGCGAGCUGUACGUCCAGAAGCACAGCAUCCAGCAGGUGCUGAAAGACUGCAUUGUGCACCUCUGUGUCUCCAAGCCUGACCGUCCCAUGAAGUUCCUCCGGGAGCACUUUGAGAAGCUGGAGAAGGAAGAGAACCGGCAGAUUCUAGCCCGGCAGAAGUCAAACUCACAGUCCGACUCCCAUGAUGAGGAGGUGUCACCAACCCCUCCGAACCCUGUGGUGAAGGCCCGGCGCCGGCGAGGGGGUGUGAGCGCCGAGGUCUACACGGAGGAAGAUGCAGUCUCCUAUGUUAGAAAGGUCAUUCCCAAGGACUAUAAGACCAUGACGGCGCUGGCCAAGGCCAUUUCCAAGAAUGUGCUGUUUGCCCACCUGGAUGACAACGAGAGAAGUGACAUAUUUGAUGCCAUGUUCCCUGUCACUCACAUUGCUGGGGAGACAGUCAUACAGCAAGGGAAUGAAGGAGAUAAUUUUUACGUAAUUGACCAAGGAGAAGUGGAUGUGUACGUGAAUGGAGAGUGGGUGACCAGCAUCAGCGAGGGGGGCAGCUUCGGGGAGCUGGCGCUCAUCUACGGCACGCCCAGGGCUGCCACUGUGAAGGCCAAGACCGACCUCAAGCUCUGGGGCAUCGACCGUGACAGCUACCGACGCAUCCUGAUGGGCAGCACGCUGAGAAAACGCAAGAUGUACGAGGAGUUCCUCAGCAAGGUCUCCAUCCUUGAGUCCCUGGAGAAGUGGGAGCGGCUGACUGUGGCUGAUGCCCUGGAGCCCGUGCAGUUUGAAGACGGAGAGAAAAUCGUGGUUCAGGGGGAGCCCGGGGACGACUUCUACAUCAUCACAGAGGGCACUGCCUCGGUCCUCCAGCGCCGAUCCCCCAACGAGGAGUAUGUGGAGGUGGGCCGGCUGGGGCCAUCUGACUACUUUGGGGAGAUUGCUCUGCUGCUGAACCGGCCUCGGGCAGCCACCGUGGUGGCCCGGGGACCCCUCAAGUGUGUCAAGCUGGACCGGCCACGCUUCGAGCGUGUGCUGGGGCCCUGCUCUGAGAUCCUCAAGAGAAACAUUCAGCGCUAUAACAGCUUCAUCUCCCUCACUGUCUGAGCCGCCGUCGCCUGCCAUGUGUCUGGGCUGGGAGUCUCAAGAGGUGGCUGGUGGGGCUGGUGACCCAGCAUGGACUCCCUUUCCUCUGGACUCUUUGUGGAAUAUGUAAUCAACUUGUGCAUUUCAAAAACAAAGGGCAAGAAAACAAGAUAUCCCAAGACCAAGGAGGCAACAGGCCAGCUUCCCUCCCCAGUGCCCUUCUUGUUUGCCCCAAGGGUUUGUCUGGAACCACCCCAGCCCCUUCAAGUCUUCAGGGGAUCUAUGGUAUCAGGUUCUCCAGGCUUAGGCCCUUUGUGGGACAGAUCUCAUCAGAUGGGAUGUCCCCAAAAGGACAUUCAGGUUGGAGGCAAAGAUGGAGGCUGAGAAAAAGAGGGUCCAGGCCUUCCCCCUCCUCCCACAGGCCCCAGGGGACACUGGUUGGAUCCCUGGCUCCUGACAUGGUGACCUGGGCAUGAAAGGUUGGAGGAGCUAUCCUGGGCAGAGAUUGUAAAGGCCACCCCGGGUGGGCCACACACUGCCUGGCACCUGGGGCAGUUGGCAGAGUCUGAGUACCCUCACUGGAAUGGGUAGGAAGCCACUAAGUUUGGGACUUUACAAUGCCUGGUGAGUGCUGCACUGGGGUCCCUUUUCUUGGGGUCAGGGUUCUUCUCUGCCAAGUGGCCUUUUGGGGACCUGGAGGGAGAGUUAGGCUUUCUGAGAAUUCUGGAUAAAGCUAUAGGAAUCAAGGUCCCUUCUGAGUGGUCCCCAUAGAUAUGCCUGCGUCAACCUGAGCCCCAGCCCAGGAAGACCACGUGUUCCUUACCUGGCCUCCAUACCUGGGACGUGAGGGAAAAUGUAAGGGAAGCCAGUCCUGGCCCACCCCAAAGCAUCCACAGACCUGUCCCCUAGCUGUGUCUCAUUCCCACGAUGGCACAGAGACUGAGAGCCCAAGGGGCCCUCCCAUCCUGUCCUUGCUGUGGCUAAGGAGACCACCCUGCCAGUGACCAGCCCCCGCCCUUGCCCGUCCCGCCUGCGCCCGUGGACUCUGUGGUUGUGCACUGCCCCCGGCCGCUCCUGGUGUGCAUGAGCUAAUAAAUGUGCAGUGAAGAACUGCUCCCUGGCCUGGA